AUGGCAUCAGAGAAGACCACAAGAAAGGAUCUGCUGAAGGCUGAGGAGCAGCAGCAAGCGAGUGCUGUCAAUCGGGUGACCAGCUUGCCCCUGCUCAACUCUGCCUUCAACCUGGUCUCAUCUGCCUACAACCAUACCAAGGAGACACAUCCUUGCCUCAGUGGUGUCUGCAACGUGGCUGAGACUGUGGCUGCUGUGGCAGUAGGUAGCAUGGUUGGUGGGGCACAGCCCAUCCUGAACCAGCUUGAGCCUCAAAUUGCCCUGGUCAAUGAAUAUGCCUGUAAAAGGCUGGAUCAGCUGGAGGAGAACCUGCCCUUCCUUCAGCAGCCAGCAGAUAAGGUCAUCUCAGACACCAAGCAGCUGGUUUCCACCAAAGUGACAUCUGCCAUGGAUGCUGCCUGUGAGGCAAAAGCAGGUGCAAAGGAUCUUGUGACCAACAAAGUGACUGAAGCAAUGGACCUGACCAAAGGAGCUGUUCAGGAGAGUGUUGAGAAGACCAAAUCUGUGGUCACCUCUACAGUCAGCACAGCUCUGGAUGCUGCAGUGAGCCAGGCAGUGGCAGGUGGUGUGGAAACUGUCCUGGGCAUGUCAGAAGAUCUGGUGGAUCAAUACCUCCCGAUGACAGAGGAGGAGCUAGGUCAGCUGGCCACCACUGUGGAGGGCUUUGGUGUGGCUUCUGUGGAGGAGCAGAAGCAGCAGCGAAGCUACUUUGUGCGCCUGGGUUCCCUGUCUAGCAGAGUGCAGCACCGAGCCUACCAACUCUCCCUGAGCAAACUGCAGCACGUCAGGCACAGCACCCAGGCCAGUCUCUCACGGCUGCAGCUGGCAAUAAACCUGAUUGAAUCUGUGAAACAAGAGGUUGGCCAGAAGCUUCUGGAUGGGCAGGAGAAGCUCCAUAAGCUGUGGGUGGACUGGAGCCUGACCCAACCGAAAGGCAACCAAAUUAAAACUGCUUCCUACUUAGAGGUAGAGUCACGGACUCUAGCUAUGCUGAGAAUCAUCACCCAGCAGCUACAACCUGUUUAUGAGAAUCUGAAAACCAGCAUCCAUGGCCUCCCCAGCAGCAUCCAAGAAGCUGUGCACCAGGCCACUCGAAAUAUCCACAAGCUCCACAGGUCUUUCUCCAAUGCUGUGUCUUUCCAAGACCUCUCCAGCACCACCCUGAGCCGGAGCCAGGACUGUGUGGCAGAAGCCCGAAGGUCCCUAGAUGACCUCUUUGAGUAUGUGACUCAGAACACCCCUCUGAACUGGCUUGUGGGGCCCUUCAGGGCAAAAGCUAAAGUGCCACAGGAGUGCAGAAAGCAGCAGAAGAAAGAUGUGAUGAGUGAUAUAAAAUUACCCACGUUAGAGCAGGCUGCAUCAUCAAAGGAGGUGGCUGAGACACCCAAAGAACCAAAGGGAGCAGAGAGGAUUGUGAGGGAGGCAUGCCAGCCGGAGCCUAGCACCAGGGGCUUAGCGCACUGCUGGCACUGUACCGGGAAGGGGGCCGGUGCCACGGGCAGGGGCUGGCAGCUCUCCUGCCGAGGGCAGACGGGCACCGCUGCGGCCCGGUGCGAUCUCAACCUCGGCCGUGCCCCGCUCCGCCCCGGCCGUGCCCCGCUCCGCUCCGCCCCGGCGCUGCCGGCUCCUGCCGCGGCCGGGUCCCGCCGCUUCCUGGUGUGCCGGCAGGCUCCGGCGGGGCAGGCGGAGCGCCGGGCCCGCCGCAGCCCCGAUCACGCCGCUGCCACCUGUCCCCAGGCUCCGGGCCGAGCCGAGCCGUCCUGCGGAGCAGCACCGGCCGCAGGUAGCCAGGACCCUUCCUUCCCUCCCUUCCAGCCGAGGGCAGGCGGAGCAGCGGGCAGCAGCACUUCCCGGGAACGAGAGCGAAGGGCGGCGGGAGCGUGGAGCGGGGCCCGGUGCAGGGCGUUGCGGGGACAGCGGGAGGCCCGGCACGGCCGGUUCCAAAGCUCCGGGCUGCGGCCCGAGCGCCGGCCCCGCGCUCUCCUGUCCGCUCUCCUCUCGUGUCCGCUCUUUUCUCCUGUUCCUCACGACAGAGAGAUCCCAGCUGGUGCUGAGCCCCUGAGCAGCGCAGAGCCCUUGCUUGUGCGGUACGUGGAGCGUGAGCAGGACACCACAGAGCUCCACAAGGGAACCAACCUUCCCUCCAAGGUCCAUAAUAUGCUUUUUCCAUCCAUGCUGCUCCAGCCCAUCAUCUGGACCACCAGCUGA